AUGUUUCGGCUCCCAGAGUUUUACUCGCGGAGGAAGAGGUGGGAUGGUCCAACCGUUUACUCGCCGGAUCAUUCGGGAUUACAAUUAGGGAUGUGGUACUGGAAAGAUGAUACCAGAAGUCUUGAAUUCAGAAGCAUGUUUAGCAGGAUACCUGAAGUUAUGCUCAUCUUCUUCCAGAAAACUGGAAGUUUUACACCUGCAAUAGAACUCAAGGAAAAAGGAAAGAAAGGCAAAGCAGUUCACUUUGCUGAAACUGAUGGUCCAGCUUCUGACAGGAUGACAGAUAAAAGAAUUGCUGCUAGAGAUGAUAAGUCAACUAAAGCCUCAGAGAAGAGAGGUCAGCAGGGCUACAUCACACUAGAUGACGUUAAAUAUGUUGCUUUGCUUUUGCUACAAGAGACUGAGAUGCAGCGGAUCUGUUCUUUCACAACAUUUAUGAAGAAUAAGAAUCUUGACAAUUUCCUCAUGGCAUUAUUAUACUAUUUAUCUCAUUUUUUGGAAAAAAUCUCACUGGAAAAGAAACCCAAAAGCUACAUGGUGGCUAUUGUAGAGAAAAAAGAGAUGGAAUUGGUUUUAAGUAAGUUUGAGGCAGCACAGAAAUUCUUGGCACAAAAGUACUGUAUCCUUGUACUGGGUCUGGGCAUGCCUGACAAGCAUCACAUGUGCUGUGGAAAGGAGAAAAUAUCAGAUACACAAAAAGACUGGAAAUUCUUUGAGGCCUUUUUCACUUUCUGUACAUAUAUAGCCUGGAUUGUCUUCCGACGUCAACACUUGACAGAUAUUGAAGAAGAGAUAGGCAGACUCUUUCGCACCAAUAUGUUCAAUAUUCCUCGAAGGAAGCGUGAAGAGGAAGAAUCAGGGGGAGAAAAGAAACGCAUGACUUUUGUGCAAUUCAGGAGAAUGAUGGCAAAACGCCCUGCGAUUAAAAAAGCCAUUAACAUGCGCUCCCCAGUCUUGUCUACUCUAUUACCUUCUCCCAGAGAAAAAGCUCAGCAUAUCUUUGAGAAGAAGCAUCACUAUGCAGACAUCAAACGUCCAAUCCAGAUCCAAAGCCACACAGAGCACGUGGACUCCAUAGCCAUGCCGGUAGUUGGCAUCUUGGGGGAGCCUCGAAGUCUGUUCAACCCCCAUACCCUUCAACCUCUUGAACCAGAAGAAAUCAUGAAACCAUCUGGGAGAUGUUCUGUGAUGGACAGAAAUAACACCAGGGUUCAGAGCACAAUGGACUUAACCAUGAAAACACUGUCCUCCUAA